AUGAUCCAAUACCUUAUGGAGAACGAUCGAAUGAUCCCAAAUAUUUGGUUCUAUAGGAAUUUGGAGGAGUACUGCAUAGAUGUGGCACGUACAGCAUGCGGUCCACAGCCAGGCGUAGAGUUGGGUGAUAAGAACGCCUCAAAAGAUGGGCUCAAGAUGGAGAAAGAAAUUAAAUUGCCAUAUUGUCUUCCUUCGUCUCACUCAUGA